UGAGUUUGAAGUCAGGGUGCUGUGGAUGAAGCUGUGUGCAGCGCAUGGCACUGAGGCUGCAGAGGGCAGCUUAAGGGCGGACGGGGUGCCCCUGGGGGCUGAAGAGAAGGCUGUAUGUUAUUUCAUGUGACCUUACUGCCAUUAAGGGUAAUUUCAGGAGCCUAGGGCAUGUACAGGUGUUUGGCAGCACGGGCUGGUGUCACCCUACCCCGAGCAGGAGCUGAGCUGCGCGGAGCAGCCGCGGUUCUGCGCUGCGGUUUGCAGUGUGAGCCCUGCAGAGCUGCAGUGUCAUUUCCCCAAGGGACGAGGGCACAACCAGAGCUGCCCUUAGAGCCCGGCGUGGGCAGUACAGAGCCACCUCCUGCCACCACCUCCUCUGGACACAGGGCUGGGGCUGGCCAGGGCGGUCCAGGCUGCUACAGCAUGUGAGAGUCCGAGGCAGAACGCACCAGGGGCGAGGGAGCAAAGGGAACCUUGCCGGAAGCUUCUCUAGAGGAAGAUGGAGAACCCACUUCUUUUAUUCCCCCAGCUCAACAUUUCUGCUUCAAAGGAUAAACCCUAUUACAAAGUCAUGAAAUCAGCGAUUAAGGAAGAGCCACACAAGGCAAGCAAGCCUGGAGUUAAGCAGAAGAGAAAUAGGCUGAGCCUGCUCCUGCAGAAACCUGAGUUCCAUGAAAGUGAUCACCUUGACAAACCUGGAAACUUGACAAAAGCAGCAAGCAGUGUGUCUCCUGAAGAAGCAGUGAAAUGGGGAGAGUCUUUUGACAAACUACUUUCUGAGAAAGCUGGGCUGGAUGCCUUCACAAAGUUUCUGAAAACUGAGUUCAGUGAGGAGAACAUCGAGUUCUGGAUAGCCUGCGAGGAUUACAAGAAAAGCAAAAGUGCACAUGAACUCCUGCCAAAAGCCAAGACCAUUUUUGAAACCUUCAUACAGAAAGAUGCUCCAAAAGAGGUGAAUCUGGACUUUCACACCAAGGAAGUCACGAGCCAGAGCAUGGGGCAGCCCCUGCGCAGCACCUUCGACGCGGCGCAGAGCACGGUGUACCGGCUGAUGGAGCAGGACAGCUACCCGCGCUUCCUGCGCUCCGCUCCCUACCUGCGCCUGCUGCAGGGCCGGCCCGCGGCCCGCGCCCCGCUGCGCCGCCGCUCCCGCUCCUUCACCGUCAGCGACUUCCAGGGGGUGCGGCCGGACCUCACCGUGUGGUGACAGCCCAGCCCAGCCCUCCUCAGCCCCGUGUGGGGACAGCCCAGCUCAGCUCUCCUCACUGCCCGUGUGGUGACAGCCCAGCUCAGCCCUCCUCAGCCCCGUGUGGGGACAGCCCAGCUCAGCCC